CUCAGUCAGAGUCAGAGUCAGAGUCCUAGACCCAUAGUAAUACCUACUGGGAAGGCAGGCGCUCCCUUUCGUUGUGCACAGGGUUGAGCAACUGAAGCCUGGAUAAUCAGGACGUUGAGCUUCUCAAUGCUCAUUGAUCAUUUACACUCUCUGCUUCUGGUUGCGGAAGGGGCUGCUUCUUUGAGUAUCAAAAUGCUGGUGUUUGCAGGAACAUUUUCUUGAGCACUUCAGAGACCUACCUGUAUAUCACAGCGCACCAUCAUGGCAAAGUCGCCCGCUCCGUCUCGGUCGGGAAGCUCCUCCUACACCACCUCUGCCUCUGGUUCCUCAUACUCUUCCAGUGUCAGCAGGAGCCCGUCGCCAACAUCUAAAGCAGAGAAGAAACGGAUUGAGACUGAUAAGAAGAGUGCCGCCCCCCCCGUUGCAAAAGGCUCUCCUCCACCUGUCGCGGCCAGGCAGGGAAGGUCCCCAUCACCGGCACCCAGGAAAGCAAGCCCCUCCCCUCCGCCGAAGGCAAAGACGCCCCCUCCCCCCCAGCCGUCCAUCUUGCACGUAGGCUCGCUGACCCGCAACGUCAAUGAAGCCCACAUCAAGGAGAUUUUCGGCAACUAUGGGGAGGUUGUCAACGUGGAGCUCGCCAUCGAUAGAAUCGUGAACCUGUCAAAAGGCUAUGGGUAUGUCGAGUUCGCUAAGCGGGAGGACGCGGAGCAAGCGGUCCUGCACAUGCACGGGGGCCAAAUUGACGGUAAUGUCAUCACCGCCCAGUUCGUCCUGCAACCCCGGAAGAAGGCGUCCCCGCCCCCUCGACCCGUGUCCCCGCCAAACAGAGAGGGCGCCGUGAGGGGUCCUGGCGGUCCUCCGCCCCCUCCCAGGCACCGUUCCCCCCCCCCUCCUCGACGCCGAUCCCCUGAACCCGCACGCCGCCGCCGUUCCCCCUCUCCGCGAAGGCGCCCCUCUUCACCUCGCAGAAGGGGCGCCUCGCCCCCCCCUUCCAGACGCCCUCUCUCACCCCCCCGCCCCGGAAGGUCCCGUUACCCGUCGCCCCCUCUGCCUUUCCGGGGGGGUCGGAGCCCACCGAGAGGGGCCAGACGUGCCCCCUCGCCGUUCAGGAAGAGGUCCCCCCCCCUUCCUGCACGAGCCGGCCGCCGCUCCCCCCCUCCCCGACGGCCGCGCAGCCGGUCCCCCCCGCAAGGAAGCCGGCCUCUCGUUCACCCCCCCGCCGUGGCGGCCGCAGGCGCGACAGCCGAAGCUCGUCGUAUUCCUCGGAUGACGACAGCCCAGUUCGACGGCCUGCUGCACCACCUGCGAAGCCGAGCGAGAAGGCGAAGGGCCCGACUCGGGGGCGGAGUCCCAGUUCUGGAAGCAGCGCAAGCGGCAGGAGUCGGUCCAGGUCGGGCAGCAAGUAACGAGGAGCCAAUCUAGUUGUACCUACCGCUGUGCACUUAUCGUUACUCUAGUUUCUUCUGAGACCGUGGCAGAUCGUUGGGUAAAGACAGUUUCGUCCUUUGGUGCUGUGUUGCAUCGGAGCAUCCCGAAGAUCUGAGUUCUUGUAACAUCUUGCCAGGACUUCAAAUGCUCAGUGCUGAAACGCAACUGCAUCGGUGCGCAAUCUUCGCAUUCCAAGACUUGCCAGAAAAAAUGGUUCUUCAUGG